GCAGACUGUCAGGCUCAUGAAAUGGAUUCAAUCUAUGAAAAUACUGAUUUCGUACUUUCAACAGUUUCUUCAGAUGAAAAAUGCUCUCAACUCAAAGGUAAUUUCACUGAACUGGAAAGUAAGAAGAAAGUCAGUCCCUCUAAGUGGACUAAAGGUCUUCUGACUCUUCUGGGUUUGGCUCUUGUUUUUGCUCUCGGGGGUCUCUGCGCUCUCUGGAUGAUUUAUAAUAAUAAGCUUGCUGAUUUUGAAACACUGAAUGAGCAGCACAUAAUGGUUUCAAAACAACUUGCAGCUCAAGUGAUCAACAGCACAGUUAUGAUAAGAGAACAAGAGGGACUUAGAACCAACUACACCAGUGUUAGAGAACAGCUUCUACCUUAUGUUGAGCUGAAGAGGAUGCAGCAGUAUGCAGUGGAUGUGACUCUGGAUCCUGAUACGGCUAAUCCAUAUCUCAUCCUGUCUGGUGAUGGAAAACAACUGAAAGUUGGAGACGUUGCGCAGAAACUCCCAGACAAACCAGAGAGAUUUGAUAGAUAUUUAUAUGUCCUGGGAAAGGAAGGAUUCUCCUCAGGGAGAUUUUAUUUUGAGGUGCAGGUGAAGGGAAAGACUAGCUGGGAUUUAGGAGUGGCCAGAGAAUCCAUUGACAGGAAGGGAGAGUUUACACUGAGUCCCAGUGAUGGAUGCUGGAUUGUGAUUCUGAGGAAUAAUGAAUAUAAAGCCUGUGCUGGUCCUCCUGUCUCUCUGUCUCUGAGAGUGAAGCCGCAGCGGGUCGGUGUGUUUGUGGAUUAUGAGGAGGGUCUGGUCUCCUUUUAUGAUGUGAAGUCCAGCUCUCAUAUGUACACUUUCACUGGUCAGUCUUUCACUGGGAAACUUUAUCCAUAUUUUAGCCCAGGUCUAAACAAUAAAGGUGAAAACCCAGCUCCACUGAUCAUCACACCUGUCUAAUACAAUAAAUGAAUUUAUACCUAAUAUAAAAUACACAAUGACAUAUAUUUUGAAAUAAUGAUUUAUAUAAUUAAAAAUCUAAAAACA